GUAACCCCUGAACAGCGCCAGAGGGGUCACGGAGAAGAGUCCAGUUCAGGCCUUCCAUCACUCGUAGCCUGAAAAUCUCACUGCAGGAGCCGAGAUGAGCAGAUCACCUCAGAACUACUCCAAAUGGGCAGAGAGGCGAUCCACUGUGGUUUACGCCCUUCGCUCGGCCACCUUCAGCACCUGGAAGAUGCUGACGCUUGGGGCUGAGUACAACUCGUGGUCCCACAGCCCUGGCGCCUCGGUCAGGCCUCGCAGGGGUGCGGUGGCCGACGCCUUCGACGAAGGCAACCUCGCCGUGGCGGAGGAGCCGGAUUGGAGGGAGCAGGAGGAAGUGCCGCAUCAUUAUCACUCGGUGUUACGGCUGGCAGAGGCCGCGGAGCUGAGCCGUCAUCCCUGUUUGCCGGGGGGACCAGACCGCCCACGGUCUAUCGUUGAUGUUCACGAAACGUUCAAAGAGGACAUCUCCGACGCCAGUGUGCCUUGGUCGAUCAGAAUGGCUCGCUUCGGAGACGAUCUACCAACCCGUUAUGGAGGUCCACCGGGCGGUGGAAGAGGGGCAGCCCGGCAGGGAGGUCCCCCAGGCGGCCAGAGGAUGUACAAGCAAUCGAUGGCCCAGAGAGCCAGGACAAUGGCUAUAUACAACCCCAUUCCUGUCAAACAGAACUGCUUCACUGUCAACCGGUCCCUUUUUAUCUUUAGCGAAGACAAUAUCAUACGGAAAUAUGCUAAAAGAAUAACCGAAUGGCCUCCAUUUGAAUACAUGAUCCUCGCCACCAUCAUCGCAAACUGCAUUGUCCUGGCCCUGGAGCAGCAUCUACCAUCCAACGACAAGACACCACUGUCAGAACGUCUGGAGGACACAGAACCGUACUUUAUUGGAAUAUUUUGUUUCGAAGCCGGCAUAAAGAUCAUCGCCCUUGGGUUCGCGUUCCACAAAGGCUCCUACCUCCGAAACGGCUGGAACGUAAUGGAUUUCGUAGUCGUCCUUACCGGGUGA